UCGUACAGUCAUCCCUCCCGACAGUCGCCGACUGAGGUCCGACUGAGUCCUCAUGGCUGCGACGGUCUUCUCUGCCAAAGACGUGCUUUGUCCUCGAUGCUCGGGAUAUUAUUGCUUUCCUGUUCGUCUAGUAUGCGGCCACAACAUCUGCAGAAUUUGUUUGGAGAAAUUCUGGGAGUGGAAAGGAUGCCAGGAAUGUCCCGUGUGCGGCGAGGAGUGCGCGUCCCGGAGGCCUCCCAUCAACUUGGAGCUGAAAAUAGCCGCGGAUGAAUAUCGAGCCCGAGGCAGCGAGACGAAGCCAGACGUCUGCUCACAUCACAACGAGGAGUUCAAGCUGUUCUGCAACAACGACGAACAGCUCGUCUGUCUCGUCUGCCAGGCGUCCAAAACGCACAGAGUGCACGAGUGCUGUCCGGUGGAGGAGGCCGCCCAGCAGAAGAAGGAUGAAAUUUCCACCGCGUUGGGGCCCUUAAAAGAAAACCUUCAAACACUAAGCAAGACAAAGAAGGAAUGGAAGGAAACCAAAUCCUACAUACAGACCCAACGCUUGGAGGUCGAGGCAGCAAUAAAGGAGGAGUUUAAGAGGCUGCACCAGUUCCUCUGGGAGGAGGAAACCACAAGGCUCAAGGCGCUGAAUCAGGAAGAGGAAACCAAGAUCGGAGUCAUGGGCAUUAAGAUCGAGGACAUCGAGGAGCAGAUCAAACAGCUCUCAUCCACCAUCAGCGAUGCGGAGAAAGCCCUUCGAGCAGAGGACUUGCCAUUUUUACAUGAUUACAAGCAAACAAAGAAAAGGGUUAAAUAUAACAUUCAAGAUCCAGAAUGCGUCCGGGACAUUUUGAUUAGUUCUGCAAAGCAUCUGGGAUUACUCAAGUUUGGAGUCUGGAAGAAGAUGGAAAACAUGGUCAGCUAUGUUCCCGUUGUUCUGGAUCCAAACACAGCCCAGUACAACUUACACGUGUCCGAAGAGCUGACGUGUGUGCAGUUCAGCAGCAAGCAGGUCCUCCCCGACAACCCCGAACGCUGCACCCGCAGUCUGUGUGUGCUGGGCGCCACUGGCUUCAAGUCUGGCAGGCACACCUGGACCGUUGGAGUGGGCCAAGGUAAAGGCUGGCACAUCGGAGUGGCCCGAGAGUCCAUCCAAAGAAAGAACACAGUCCUCCUGAACCCCGCAGAAGGUUUCUGGGUGAUUGGACUGUCCAAAGAAGGCAUGUACCGGGCUCAGACCUCACCUCCAAUCAGGCUGGUAGUGAAGCAGAAGCCAGAGAGGAUUACCAUAGACCUGGAUCUGGACCGGGGGAAGGUAACGUUCAUCAAUGCUGACGAUCUAACAGUGAUGCACACAUUCAAAGACAGAUUCACGGAGAGGAUUUUCCCCUACUUCUCCCCUGGACUGUGUGAGGACUGGAAAAACUCCAACCCACUCACCAUCUGCCCUGUGCUGAUAAAGAAAGAUGUAAAAUAGACGCGUGCAGGCUGAAUUGGGGCCCUAAGUGAAAUGUUAUUUGGAGGCCCCCCACACCACACUCUCAUAACUCUCCCCAUCCCAAAUGUAUCAUAGGUAGAAAAUGACCGUAUAACAUGCCAUUUGACUUGACAACCUAUGUUAACAAAUGUACUGUAAGUAUGGAUACAGACUGUAUGAGUCAAAUAAAGUAAAAAGGCACAGAUAAUUUGCUUAUUGCCUAUUUACUGUACAGUGAGCGAAAAUAACCGAGUCAAAUUCCCUGUCUUGUUUGACCUGACUUGGCCAAAUAAACAUGAUUGUGAUUGCCAUCAAUUAGGCUACUCAUCAAAAGAAAGUUACUUCCACCACCUCAGUCCCCCACAAAAAACUGAAAGCAGGUCUGAAAUCAGGACUAAACAUGCACGUGUGCUUUUACAGAUGCACAAGUCUAUUUUCUGGAUGCAAACUCAUCAAUGAGGUCGAACACUUCUUAACAUAAAUUGAUAUAAAACUAUAGCCAAUAUGUUAUA